CGAGUGUUCUUGCCUUCUCUUUCUCCUUGUUCUCUCUCUUCCCUGUCCCUACUCAUCUUCGCGGUUUCUCUCUUUUUUUCUUCUCCUUUUUCAAUGAGGCAAAAGCUUUACUAGACCACCACCGAGAGGCGAGAGCAUCUUCUUCCCCCAUUGACCGAUUUCUCUGCAACCUCUCACUCGAGAAGAGCGCCCACGCCAGCUUCGGCCGUCGCCUCCGCCUGCAAGCCCACGCCCACUCCCACACCGCCGCCUGCAUUCGCCUCCCCCGGCGGAGAGAAGGGCACGGCUGCACGGGCAGCUAACCUCCUUCAACCACCUCCGAGUCCCCGACUCCUUCCCCGAAUUCCGGAUCGAGCACCAACCUCCCCCGACAGCGCCCCCGUCCGGAUCGAGCUACUGAUCUUGGCGGCGGCGGGAUUGUUCUGGGCGGCGACGGGAGGCAAGCUGCACAGGAGGGAGACAGAGAGGGAAGAGGGUAUUUGUAUUUCAUAGAUGACCUGGGCAGCAACUCUUGCUUAUGGGGGCAAGACAAAGAAUGAGCCCAUACGGCCAGGGCCAUUGCGUCCAGCAAAUAUCAUGAGAAAUAAAUUUCCUACUUACAAGAAUGGUUCAAACGGUAUAGUAAUCAAACUGGCUGAUGGCUCAGAAAUUUCACCUCUCAAGGAGGUUGUUGCCAAGGAGACUGCAGAUCUGCUUGAUCGCCGUCAGCGUCUCUCAGUCCGUGAGCUUGCAAUGAAGUUUGAGAAAGGCCUCAACACUGCCACUUUGUUGUCUAAAGAGGUUAAAUGGAGACAAGUGGCUUUGUUGGAGCGAGAUAUCCUUCUGAAGAAUCUAAAAAGUGUAUUGGAGUCGCUGAGAGGUCAGGUUACAGGCAAGACUAAGGACGAAAUCGAAGAGUCUAUUUCUAUGGUGGAGAUUCUUGGAGUUCAGCUCUCCAAAAGAGAAGCUGAGUUGCUUCAACAGAAAGAAGAGGUCACAAAAUUAGCAACAUCACUAAAGCUGGCUUCUGAAGAUGCCAAGAGAAUUGUUGAAGAAGAAAGAGUUAAUGCUCAUACAGAGGUAGAGAGUGCUAGAUCUGCUGUGCAAAGAGUUCAACAAGCACUUCAGGAGCAUGAAAAGAUAUCCCAAAGAACUGGGAAGCAAGACAUGGAUGAACUAAAGAAAGAAGUUAGAGUGGCCCGAAGAAUAAAAAUGCUGCAUUGCCCUAGCAAGGCAAUGGAUCUGGAAAAUGAAAUCAAAACUUUACGUAAGACAUUCACUGAGAAGUCGGCAGAUUGUUUUAAUCUUUUGAAAGAGUUGGAACUGCACAAAAGACUGAAAGGAAACAGCAAUCCUGUGUUCGAUUUAGAGGGUCUUCAAUGCUUAGGUUCGAUACUACGCAUAGUUUCUCAGAAUGGUGCUCCCAUGGAUUUUUCGGAUAUUUCAAUCCAGUGGUUCCGGAUACACCCAAAAGAAAGCAACAAAGAGAUCAUUUCAGGUGCUACAAGACCAGUAUAUGCUCCAGAGCCACAUGAUGUUGGGCGUUAUGUGCAAGCUGAAAUCAAUUUUGGUGGUGAAAUUGCAAUAGCAAAGACAGCUGGGCUACUUGACCCUGCAGAUGCUGGAUUGCUAGAUUACGUAGAGACACUCGUAAGAAAACCUGAAACUGAGUUCAAUGUUGUUGUGCUUCAGUUGAAUGGAAUUGAUCAGCCAAAAGAGUCUGUUCAUGUUCUGAACGUUGGGAGAUUGCGGAUGAGACUUUGUAAAGGAAAGACAGUGGUUGCCAAGGAGUUUUACUCCUCGUCAAUGCAGUUAUGUGGUGUUCGAGGUGGCGGCGAAGCAGCCUCGCAGGCGAUGUUUUGGCAGCCCCGGAGCGACCUCAGCUUGGGCCUUGCCUUUGAAACAGCCAGAGAACGGAACACGGCGAUCAUGCUGGCGCGGCGGUUCGCCAUAGAUUGCAAUAUCAUCCUCGCUGGUCCAGGCGACAAAACUCCCUGGUGAAGGACAGCGCACAACCGGUGGCAACGGACACUUGCUCCUCCAAACUCCGGUCUGACUGUAGACCGUAAGUACGUGAUGUUGUAUAUUUUCCGUGCGUACAGGCGUGCUUGGUGAUGUUGUUUGGGUAGUUGUGUCCCCCCCUCCGGCCCCUGUGAGAGGCGGCACCGUGGGCAUCGUUUUAGCCGCCUCGGUGUUGUUCUGACAACCUUCUCUUCUCGCCGUCCAUGCUGUUAUUCACAGGCGUUGUGGUCUGUUGUUGCUACGCAUUUCUCUUCUCUCUGUUUGAUAGCACAUGCCCACGACAUUAAGCUUAAGUUUAAUGUGCUACCUGUCUAAUCGUGUUAAUUCUUUCUA